GCAGUUUUUCGACGGCCCUUCCUUUCAGAUCAUCUUUCACUGCACACGACACCUGCAGUCGACACCAUAACCAUGCCAGCCCCUACCGCGCACCUCUUCGGCGCACACAGGGAGGGAUACGAUCUGGCGCUGCUCAUGGAUCCGACGUACUCGCCCGAGUCGCAGAAUAUCUCAACGAUCACCCCCUUCAUUGGGGCGGACGGCGAGAUGCACGAUCCGGGGUACCGACACUUCAAGCUCCCGGCGCCGCAAGCGAUCCAGGAAGCUAGGAAGAGCAGCCUCGUCGAGUACGAGGAGCAGCUGGAGGCGGAGAGGCAAAGCUGGCCGAUCAGCGGUACCGCCACCUCCCCCCUCCGCCCGUUCACGCAGACGAGGAAGAGCACCUUCCCGCCCGCACUCUACCCCUCCACCCCCUCGUCCUCGCGACCAUCGACCGGGUCGUCGAUGGCAAGCACCUCGAGCGCUGGGCGCCGGCUGGGCCGGCUCAUCCGCGUCUCAUACCGGUCAGACCACUCGGCUCCCUCGAUCACGGAUGACGAAGACUACUCGCCCGACGACCCCGACCUCGUACCAUCGCCAACCUACACAUUUCCACCGCCUACCACCACAUCACGCGAUGACGGGCCGGACGCGCGAGAACGCAGCUGCUGGGACGAGUUCGAGGAUGAUGGGGAGACAUCAACCGCGUCGGGGAAGGGGGCAGGAGAGAGCUUGCGGCAGAAGGUCCUCGCGGCGCAGCUGGGUCUGCAGUUCACGAUGAUCAGGACGGAACGGCGAGUGAAGAAGAUGCUGGGGAAGUCGAAGAAGGAGCGAAGAUCGACGCGCUAA